CUUAUCUGUUGUAGUCACCUUUAGGUGGUAACCACCGUUCAGUCACACGACAGUUGCAAAGUUCGUUCAGAAUCGACUAGAUCGAAAGUACGCACCGUCCCCAUCACGUUUUAUCAAAGUUGAUCAUCAUGACCGGACCACCCCCACCAAUCGGUUUUAUUCACGAUUUUCUUCGGUCUGAACGAUCGACGGGAUACGAACAUUCUUAUGGAUUCCCUAUGCCUCAAUCGACCCAAGCCCUUCCAGAUGAAACCAACUCAUCAUCAUCGUCGUCGCCACCUUCCAGCUCAACAUAUGAUAAUAGCGGAUUUGAUUCGAAUUUCCGUACAACGGAACUUAGAAGUGUCUCUACUGAUGAUCUAGUUGGAGGCUGCUGGCAACAUGUACAAUUCGGUGGACCGUACCCUACGAACAUGGUUCGUGCCGGGGUGGAUGCUGACGGUGCGAUAAUCUACGUCGGUCGUGCGUUCCACGAGGGUGAGAUGGUACCGGCCAAAGUUAUUCCGUCGAAAAACGCCGCCUUCAUUUGCUACGGUGGUGAAGAAAUACUGAAGGAAGACUUCGAAGUGCUUCGAUCGGGUGACUUCGUAUGGGAGUUUGCUUCCAAUGGUGUCGUGCCCGAAAAUGCGGUCAAGAUUGGUGCCACGGUCGAUGGGGAACCGCUGUACACGGGACGGGCACUGUACUGCGGCACGCAGACACCGGGUAAAGUGCACUCGUCACAUGGUUGCCUUUAUAUUCCCUUCGAGGGUUCCGAGGUUAGCUGUGCCGAGUAUGAGGUUCUCUGCCUCAAGUAAGGGGUUUAUCGAAAUGAAAUAAAUUAUACACAACAUGCGUCUGAA